UCGGUUUUUCUCGUGUCCGUCUAGCGUACUAAGCCAAUGUUGUGCUGAAGUGUGGGAGACGCGAGUGGAGAGGGGAAUAAUUAAAACAUGGCGGACGUGGAAGGAGAUGAGAUCCGUUCGGCGGCCCCUCCGCUGCUCCACACGUCCUCGCGAAACGGCUCCGGCGUCGGUUCGGCGUCCGGUACCGGAGGCCAAACGGCAACCACGGUGACGUCAGGCCCUCGACUGGUUCGGAUCGUCAAGUCAGAUUCCGGUUAUGGUUUCAACGUUCGGGGACAAGUUAGUGAAGGAGGGCAGCUACGAAGCAUCAACGGAGAAUUGUAUGCCCCUCUUCAGCAUGUCAGUGCCGUCUUACCGGGAGGGGCAGCGGACAGGGCUGGUAUCUCGAAGGGAGACCGAAUCCUAGAAGUGAAUGGGGUAAACGUUGAGGGGGCCACGCACAAGCAGGUGGUGGAUCUGAUCCGGGCAGGGGAGCGGGAGCUGGUUUUGGCGGUGCUGUCUGUACCGCAGCCCGAAGCUGACAGCCUGGACCCGGGGGACGAUGGAAGCGCCCAGUCCUGCUACGACUACAGCGACAAGCAGGCCGUGCCCAUCUCCGUUCCCACGUACAAACACGUGGAGCAGAACGCGGAGAAGUUCGUGGUCUAUAACGUGUACAUGGCAGGAAGGCAGCUGUGCUCCAAACGCUACCGGGAGUUUGCCAUCCUGCACCAGAACCUGAAGAGAGAGUUCGCCAACUUCACCUUCCCUAAACUCCCCGGGAAGUGGCCCUUCUCGCUGUCGGAGCAGCAGCUGGAUGCACGCCGCAGGGGUCUGGAGGAGUACUUGGAAAAAGUCUGUUCAGUAAGGGUAAUCGGAGAGAGCGACAUCAUGCAGGAGUUCCUCUCCGAAUCCGACGAGAACUAUAAUGGCGUGUCAGAUGUGGAGCUGCGGGUAGCCCUGCCCGACAAGACCACCGUCGCCAUCAGGGUCCGCAAGAACUGCACCACCGACCAAGUCUACCAGGCUGUGGUAAUGAAGGUGGGGAUGGACAGCAUCACAGCCAGUUACUUUGCCCUGUUUGAAGUCAUCAACCACUCCUUUGUGCGAAAGCUGGCCCCCAACGAGUUCCCCCACAAGCUGUACGUGCAGAACUACACCUCGGCUGUCCCGGGCACCUGCCUUUGCCUGCGCAAGUGGCUCUUCACCACCGAGGAGGAGAUCCUGCUCAACGACAACGAGCUGGCCAUCAAUUACUGCUUCCACCAGGCGCUGGAUGACGUGAAGAAGGGAUUCAUCAAGGCUGACGAGAAGUCCUAUCAGCUGCAGAAACUGGCUGAGCAGCGCAAAAUGGCCAUGUAUCUGAGCAUGCUGCGCACCUGUGAGGGUUAUAACGAGAUCAUCUUCCCCCACUGCUCCUGCGACUCGCGGCGCAAAGGACAUGUGAUCACAGCCAUUAGCAUCCGUCACUUCAAACUGCACGCCUGCACGGAGGAGGGCACGCUGGAGAACCAGGUGAUUGCCUUUGAGUGGGGAGAGAUGCAGCGUUGGGAUACAGACGAGGAAGGGAUGGCUUUCUGCUUUGAGUAUGCCAGAGGGGAGAAGAAGCCUCGCUGGGUGAAAAUCUUCACACCAUACUUCAACUACAUGCACGAAUGUUUCGAGCGGGUCUUCUGCGAACUCAAGUGGAGGAAAGAGGUUGAAGAGGAGGCCACGGACAAGGACAAUAAAAACUGCAGUAAAGAUGGUAUGUGUAGUAAGAAUAUCUUCCAGCUGUUGAGACACAGAAGGGAUGGCGGCACCUAGGGGGUGAGAUUGUCACCUCCUAAAACUCCACGACAACGCCUCACUGGGCGCAGGACACCACAACCAGAAACUAUCCAUACACAAGACAGCGACAAACAGCAGACAUCAAACUGAAAGAGAUCCGCAAAAAAAAAAAAAAAACAAAACCACACACUCACACACAAAACGGCAAACAAGGAUCAUUUCAAUCUUAAGAACCCAGAGGUGUCAAUCUUAAGAAGAACCACAAAGAAGGAAGUAAAUGUUGUGUAAUGGUAUAAAAUGCAAACAUGAUAAUUAAUCAGUUAGAAUCCUCCGUACAUCACAUCACUUCAUGGGGUGGGACUCUGACAGUUUUGACGCGACUAGUUGAGGGGUCACUGCUGUGCGAUUGAUUGGUCGAGGAAAUGGACGUCUGCGACACAAAUGGACAGCAAGAGCCGGGGGCGGGGGGGAAUCGGCCAAUCGGCAGCGUGGAAGGACAUCUGCAGCACGAGUGGCCGGCAAGGCUGCUCUGUGAUGUGAUUGGUCUGGACCAAUACUUAGAUGUGCCUCAUGUUCUGAACUUGAAGGAGAGAGACAAGGAGAACGAGGAGGUGAAACACAGGGGCAGGAAAAGAGAUCGCCGCUGGAUACUUGGUAUGGAAGUAUUGGGGGAGCAAAGGAGCCAGUGAGUUGGAGAGAGAGAUUUUCACAGAUGCUGGACAAGAAAAGACUUACAUUUCAGAAAAGGUGAAAGAAUGGUUCCAAGAGACCUGCUGCACUGUGCUGGAAAAUGAAGAAUGGCAGAAACCUGUAUACGAAUGGAGAUGCAGCUUCUUGGGGGAAGAUCCAUUAAUUGCUGAACUAUAGAGGAAAAAAAUUAAAAUUAAUUUCAUUGUGAAACUAACAUGGAAAAACAUUCAGGACUUGAGAGAGGGAGAGAGAUGCAUUUUAUUUGGUGAGAUCUUCAUUUCAGAACUAAAAAUCUACAAACAAAAACAUGAUGACAUGGCACUGGUCUGUAGAAUAAUAACAAUACUAAAAGCAAGGACAAAUAAAGACAAGGUAUUUGAAGAGACCAGGAGAGAGAAAAAUUCCUGUGCAGUCAAUAAUCACCCAUAUAGAAUACAGGGUAGCAUUUAUAUACUUUGCUUAAUUUUGCUAAACAACAUGCUAAAACAAUCUUUUGAUACGCUUGGCUAAUUUUUUUCCAAAACUUUCAACACAAAACCCAAAUCCCUCACUCUAUUAGGAAAAAACUCUAAUAUUUGUGGUGCUGAACCCUGCUCUAAAACACUAAUUAUGUUUUUGCAGUUUACCAAUUCCUGUAAAAGAAAAGUGUAUGUAUAUUCAAGGAGGCAGUAUUGCGAAUGACCGGUUGCACACGUUUGCAUAAAUGCCAAAAAACAAUUCCAGAUGCGGUACAUUUGAAGUGUUCUGAGAGGAUAACUGGAUAAAUUUUGACAGAGCUUGUGGUCUUAUGUGCAAUUAUGUAAAAUGUAUUGCUUUGCAGAAUAGGGUUUUCGAACAAAGUGUUGACGUGAAAUUGAGGUAUGAGGGGGGAAAAAAAAAAAAAAUCAACCGACAGAUUCAAGAUUUGUCUUUUUGCAAUUAAAUGACACUAAGUGGAUCAGCGACGCUUCCUCUAGCUCCCAGUAGAGGGCCCCAUACCACAGCUCAACGUAGUAUUUAAGACGCUAUGAAAGAGCGGUCUUGGCUUGAUUGCUGUCACUCCUGUGGAUUUUGGAUUUGACUGGCAGAGUGCUUUGCUGCAGUGUGGCUGCCUCUCAGCUCUGCAUGACAGUUUCUGACGGCUGGGCUGGGCGUGUGCGAGCGUCUGAGCGUGCACCUGCGUUUUGGUCCGGUCUGCAUGACCAGACUGCAGCAGUGAGGUUCCUGCAUCAUUGCGCAAAUGAGGGCGGCAGUUGGCCGCUGCGCGGGACGUGCCGUCCUGCGGGUUUAAUGACAGUAGGAACGUGCUGAGAUGGGCUGGCGGGAGAUAAUUCGGCGCAUUCAGAGAGGUGCGAGUCUGAUCCAGAUGACGUUUUUCACGUCCGUUUCAUAAACUUGAACAGGUUUUCUGUCUCUCUCAUUCUCUGCUCUCUUUCCUGUUGAAAACAAAUGCCCCCAUUAUCCAAUAUGUCGCACUUGAAAAUUGUAUAUAGGAGAGACAAGGGUAAACUAACAGACGUAACACCACUCAGACACCUUAUAUUUCUGGUUCUGUCAUUUCGGUGGAUUUAAUAUUCCAGUCCAAGGCACCUUUGCCAGGUUGCCAUGCAACAAAGGGGUACACACACCAGUACGUGCCAGUCAUUAGACCUUCUGCACAGCUCUGGUCAUAUGUACAGUGUCUGGUUGUGUCUCUUCAGUACUGUGCACUGCUCCAGCUUAGGGGCCUAAGGCAUUCUGCUUCAAGUUUGGACUAAGAAAAAGCAUGUCUUCUCUAGGUCAGUCAGUCUAGCUGCAUCCCAGGUAACAAGACUUGAUUAAUCCUACACACAUGCUUGUCGACACCGCUUUCUUUGCCUGUUGGUACCCCCUACUCCUGAUGAAAGCAAGCUCCGUUUCUUCUCCAGAUUCACUGGUUUUGAUGGGCUGUAGUCUCCAUCUCCUGGGGUCGUGUGUAGAAUACAGUGUGUCGCUGUAGAAUUCAUCACAUGUUUCAUUGCCAUAGCAACUGGAGCUGUCAGGUAGAGAAUGCUGCAGUGUUAGUGUUCAGAUGUCAUUGUUUUUGUGAGCGUCUGAGUAGAUGGGCAGAUGUUCAUAAAUAUGUGUAUUUGAACUGUGUUUCCCAGUCUUGGUCCUGAAGACCCGCUGCGUGGUCUGGCUUUCAUCCCAGCUGAGCUCAGUUAAUUAGGUCUGAUUUAGCUGUUAGUACUGAUCUGGAUUUGACAUAUCUUGUCUUGGUCUGCCACAGGUCUCUGGUGGAAAACAUGCAGAAAUGUGUUUGUGCCUGUGAAAAAUAAUUCUGAUCAUUUUUAUUCUUCUGUGUCCCCUGCAAUAAAAUAAUGCGUAUUAUUAAAUUUAGAUUAAGGGGUUUUUAGUUAACCCUUUGUGGCACAAAACAGACAGCUGCAGCAUCGGCUUGAUCUGAUGAUGUAUUUUACUACAGAUUCAAGGGGCAAAUCAACAGGAGCUUGUGUGUUUGCUUUUUUUAUUAGCACAAAUCCAUUUCCAACAACAGAUUUGUUUCUCAAAGAAAAUCAUGUCAAGAAAAUGAAAAAGAAAGUGUUAAAUCCUGAUCGGUACCAUCCAUCCUUACUAACAAAGUGCGUUUUAAUAAAAACUAGCAUACACCAGGCCUGGGCGGUACUGUACAUUACUAGAAUAUAUUACAAAACACAGCCUAUAUUUCUUUGUGCAGCGCUGUCAAAAUUGCACCUCCCUUUUGACAAUUGAUUGCAGCUGUUUGAGCUAAUGCUGUAUUGUUUUAUAAAACUGUACCUUUGAAAUAACCGUAUCUUCAAGAAUGCUCCAGCCUCAUGCAAUCUGUCACAAUUCCUGUUUUUUUUUUUCCUCAAAGGUGACAUUGAAAGGUAUUGAAAAUCAAGUGCUGUUCCAUGAAUGUUAACACUGAGCGAAAUCAAACGCCAAACCAAGAGGGCUUUCAUUCAAAUGCAGUUUAUGUAAGAGCCCUGAAAUGCGUAUCUGUGUCUGCUGCCGGUUUGAUCAGAUACUUGUAUGUCAUUGCCCUUACAUUUGGAAGUGCAUUGUCUUUCUCUCCAUCAGUCUCUUUUGUGCUCUGUCUCUGACUGAA